UUGGAAGAAAUCGCAGCGCUUGGCUGCAUCUCUAUCAGCAGACCCCUCUCUCUCUCUCUCUCUCUCUCUCUCUCUCUCCGUCUGCCUGCCAGCUGAUGCUGACUGGAGGUUGAAGCGGUUUUUUCCCUCUCCCCCCUCAUCAUCAUCCCGGGGAAACCUGGACGGACCGGACCCGAGGUUUUUUUUUUUACAAAAAAAAAGACAAAAACAUUUAAACAUUUAUUUCUGAGGAUUUUCACAGACUGCUUUGACCUGGCGAUGACAGCGGCGGGAGGAAACUGCGAAUGUGAAGCAGAGAAACCAAACAUGAGAGGCAGAGAGGCGCAGUAACACACACACACACACACACACACACACACACACACACACACACACACACACACAGAGACAACAACAACAACUUCCAGCGGUUGUGUCCUGCGGGGUCUGCGGGGUCUGCGGGGAGCUCCGGAGCUGUUGCCAACACAGAGGUGGUUGUGAAACUGCCUCCCCCUUGGUCUUCAUCAGAGAUGGAGUUCCCGGACGACUUGCUGGCUGAGCUCGAUCACCUGCAGCUCUACAACGACUCGCUCUUCCAGAACAACUUCAGCAGCGCCUACAAUGACACCGACGCCUUACUGCCGACAGGGGUGAAGGUCACCAUCGUAGUCGUCUACAUGAUCGUCUGUGUCAUCGGCCUGGUGGGAAACUUCCUGGUCAUGUAUGUCAUCAUAAGAUACACAAAGAUGAAAACUGCCACGAACAUCUACAUCUUUAACCUGGCUCUGGCUGACUCUUUGUUUCUGGCUACCUUACCAUUCCAGGGCACAGAUGUGUUCUUGGGCUUCUGGCCAUUCGGAAACGCCCUGUGCAAGGCGGUGGUGUCCAUCGACUACUACAACAUGUUCACCAGCACUUUCACCCUGACGGUGAUGAGCAUGGACAGGUACGUGGCCGUUUGCCACCCUGUCAAAGCGCUGGACAUGAGGACUCCACACAAGGCCAAGGUGGUGAAUAUCUGUGUGUGGGUGCUGGCUUCAGCCUUUGGCGUCCCGGCCAUGGUCCUGGGAAAUGUGGAGGAGGAACAGGAGCAUAACAGUGUCGAGUGCAUCGUGGUUCUACCUGAACCAAAGAAUUACUGGGAUCCGGUCUUUGGCACCUGUGUCUUCCUCUACUCCUUCCUCAUCCCUGUGGCUAUCAUCAGCAUCUGCUACAGUUUGAUGGUGAAGCGCCUGCGCAGUGUUCGCAUCCUGUCCGGCUCCAAGGAAAAGGACCGUAACCUGCGACGCAUCACCAGGAUGGUCCUGGUAGUGGUGGCAGCAUUUGUCGUCUGUUGGACCCCCAUCCAGAUCAUGGUCCUGGCUCAGUCGUUGGGCUUCAACCUGAGCAGCUUGUUCACGCUGGUCCUGAUGCACUUUUGCAUCGCGCUGGGAUACGUCAACAGCAGCUUGAACCCUGUUCUCUACGCCUUCCUGGAUGAGAACUUCAAGCGCUGCUUCCGUGAGUUCUGCCACCCGUCACCGUUUCGUCUUGACACGCAGCAGUCUGGCCGAAUGAGGAGCAUCGCUAGGGAGGUGGCAGCAGCCUACAGCUGCAAGGCUGGAAAUGGCGGGGGUCCCGGGGGAGGGACGCCUAAUCCAGCAUGACUAGGCGUGGAGCUCCCCUUGGUUGGGGUAGACCCCCAACAAAGGAGAGAGAAUCAAGGGACAGGGAACUCCAAUACAGAACUGACUCAGAUUACAGCUCUCUAGCGGCACGAGCCCCCUCACCCCCCAACUAGAAGACUGGCCUGGGGUGGGGGGGAGGGAGAUGAGGAGGACGGGGUCGAAAGGAAAAGAAUUUAGAAAAAAACGAUGGGGAUGACAAACAUAGGACCAAUAGGUUGUAUGGAUAAAGCGAAAUGGGAUGAAUGGUGGACAUCUAGUUAUGAGAUGCUGCCAGAUCUAGAUCGAGAACUAUUGUGGAUCCUAGAUCCUGGACUGAUUACGACCCUCAACUCCAAUGAGACGUAUGUAAACACAAACAAGGUGACAGCAUUAUACAUUUAUUGCAGCUCCAAAAACAACAGCCUUACUCACAGAAACUGUAUUUGCCAACAGAGACUGGGACCCAGUUGCUGCAUCUCUAGAAAGAUGCAAGACUCUCCACUGGGGUAUCAUAAGGCAGGAGUUGGGGCUGAACAUUGGGAGCAGCACAGGAUUCAUAGAAGGAGCUGCAGAAACCAAAAUCUCUGAAACCACCAUGCACUACUUUGGUUAUUGUGGAAAAAAUAUAAACAAUCUUGAAAGCACGGAUCGUGGCUGUCUGGCUGUAAGGACCAGAGACUGAAGACCUGCCAAGGACGAGUAAAUCUUUCUGCAUUGUGAAUUGGAGAAUAAACACUUCACUCACUACAGUUUAUUGUAUCUUUACCAGUUGAUGUUCAGUCUAAGGAACUUUAUGUCAUGAGUGGGAAGCAGUGGACAAAAAAAAACUGAUCUCACUCUGGGGUCUUUACGGAGAUGGUUGCUCUAAAAAUGUGUCUACAUACAGUAAUGAUGAUAUGCUGCUGAGCCCGUAUCAGGACUUAAAUGGGCACACAAAGUGUAAUGUGAUAUUUGAGCCUGUAGACAGGAAGGUGGUUGUAAUAUCUGCAAACCAUGAGCUGGCAUAAUGAAAAGACACAACAAGCUGUGUCUAUGGACCCAGAUCGGGUCACGUGGAUGUUAUUUCUCGUACGAGCAACAUUCCUCAAUCUGUCCUGAAACAAAACGAGCCUGAGAAAAUCUGUCCUGAAACAAGUUUCUUAGAGUUUUUGUGAUUUUUGAAAACUUUCUAUGAUCACCUGUUGGAAAUUUAGAGUUUGGGGUGAAGGGUCGGGUUGGGGAAUCAAUGAGAUUGUAACCUGGAAGAAUCUGUGCUUGCUGUGUUUAAGGUCCACACAUCAGCUUGUAUCCAAGGGUAGAUGUACCCAUGUCAGAUUUGCAGCUAGGACUUAAAAAGGUUGCCAUAAACAUGACCUGGUCAAAUAAUGCAUCCACGUCUGUGGAAUGUGUGUUUCAAGCACUUACGCCUAGAAGACAUCUCAAAGAUACCAUUUGUCUGAAAAAUGAACUGAUUUAUGGUAAUGAAUUUGAAAAAUUGGUUUCUGGUUAAAUAAAGAGAAAUACUCUUUCUUCAAUGUUACAACUUGCCACUGUACUGCUAGCUGAUUCUUAUCAAAGUGGUCAUUCAAAAACACUCCCUGCUGAAAUGUGUUUCAGUGUCCUGGCCUACCAGGGUAAGACAUUUCGUGCAAAGUAAUCACAGAUGUUUUGAAUACGACACAUCUGGAUGUACUGUUUUUCUCCGGUCUGUAGCUGCUGUCAGUUUUGGUGAAACCGAAGCAGUUCAGGGCGUCGAUAUUGGGUUUGUGUUAGUGGUGAACUCUGGGGUUUUGAGAUAUGUACAUUGGGCGGGUUGGGUAUGGGUGUUCUCGGUGAGUCAUUUUGACUCUCAGCACCACAGUGGCAAAGCAGGAGGAAGGGGUCACAGUGUUCUGACCCCACUCCAAGGGACAAAGGGGCUCUCUCUCUUCUUAGUGUCUUAAAGUGGAAAUUAACCCUUAAACAGAAACCACAUCAGGUAUUCUCAUUUUCCUUGGAAAUGAUACUGACAGCAUUCGAUACAGAAUUUACACUCCGUUAAUAAAUAUUGAAAGUAUGAACCAAAAUUAAGAUCACACAAAUUAUAUGAUUUACUGUU